CACGUGACCCCAACAUGGCGGCGCCCAGGGAGCGCUGCGCGCCGCGAGGCUGCUGACUUGUUCCCGGCGUCCGUGGCGCUGUCACCGAGACCCGCUCCGACGCGUCCGGCGAGUGAGGCGCUCAGCAACGAGUCCCUGUGCCCAGAGCACUGCGGGCGUCGCCCGUAGCACGUAGCCCAGGCUAGCCUCCACGUUCCUGCGUACCUACGAACGGCUUUGAACUCCUGACCCUCUGUCCCACGUUUGACUGACAGGCUUGCCGCCCUUGCCCCGUUCACCCGGUGCUGCCCCGUUCCCCGGGUGCGGGGUAGGUUAAGGCCGCAGAAAACCCGCCCACGAGGCAGUCGCCAUGGUGACAGAGCAGGAGGUAGAGGCCAUAGGGAAGAUUCUAGUGGACCCCAAGCAGCCCCUGCCGGCCCGCUUCCGGGCCCUGUUCACGCUGCGGACACUUGGUGGUCCAGAAGCCAUCACCUGGAUCAGCAGGGGCUUUGAGGACAGCUCUGCCCUCUUGAAGCAUGAGCUGGCGUACUGCCUGGGCCAGAUGCGGGACCCGCGCGCCAUCCCUGUGUUGGUAGGUGUGUUGGGGGACACCAGCCAGGAACCCAUGGUGCGCCACGAGGCAGGGGAAGCACUGGGGGCGAUCGGUAACCCGGAAGUUCUAGACCUCCUGAAGCAGUAUGCCACCGACCCAGUGGUCGAGGUGGCGGAGACGUGCCAGCUGGCGGUCGGGCGCCUGGAGUGGCUGCAGCAGCACCCCGGGGAGCCUGCCUGCGCAGGACCCUACCUCUCGGUAGACCCGGCCCCGCCUUCUGAGGAGCACGACGUGGCUCGGCUGCGGGAGGCCCUGUUAGACGAGGCCCGGCCUCUCUUCGAGCGGUACCGCGCCAUGUUCGCCCUGCGCAACGUGGGUGGCCAGGAGGCCGCCCUGGCGCUGGCCGAAGGCCUGCGCUGUGGUAGCGCGCUCUUCCGCCAUGAGGUGGGCUAUGUGCUGGGCCAGCUGCAGCACGAGGCCGCCGUGUCCGAGUUGGCAGCCACGUUGGCGCGGACCACCGAGAGCCCCAUGGUGCGGCACGAGUGCGCGGAGGCCCUGGGCGCCAUUGCCAGGCCCACCUGCCUGGCGGCACUGCGGGACCACAUCACCGACCCUGAGCGGGUGGUGCGGGAGAGCUGCCAGGUGGCCCUGGACAUGUACGAGCACGAGACCGGCCAGGACUUCCAGUACGCGGACGGACUGGAGCGCCUGAGGGCGACACCCUAACCCCGCUCCUGGCUCGCCCGGCGGUGCCCGGGGCGGCACCCGGCAACACCCAAGGCGGCACUCAGAAUGUCUCAGGUCUGCGCCCUGAACCUGACCUGAACUUUGCACCUGGAUUCUGCCCGUCACCUGACCAUGUGCCGGGACUCCCUGUCACCUGAUCCCGCCCUUCUGUGUGUGGGGGCCCACCAGCCGCGCCUGCGCUCCCAGGCAGCUGUAUGGGCCUCCUGCCCUGCCCUCCCACAGUGCCUGCCUCGAGGGGUGCCCACUCCUGCUGGCAUCUGCCCUGUGACUUUGUGUCUCAUGUGCCAGUCCAGCCCAGCACAGCCUGCAGCAGGGAGGCUUCCAGGCUUGGAAAGGCUGGGUCCCAUGGCAGGGUUGACCAAGCCUGAGUUCACAGGGAACGGGGGUUGUGUGGGCCACCUCGCCUCACAUCCAGGCCGAGCAGGGGGCCCAAGCCAACCCUAGGCGCCGUACAAAUAAAAUAAGUUAUUUUUCCUAAA